AUGGAGGGUAAGGUAUUCGCCGUCACGGGUGCCGGAUCAGGCAUCGGUCGAGCCACUGCCAUACGAUUGGCAGAACUGGGGGCUCGAGGUGUUGCUCUUAGUGACCUUUUUGAAAGUGCCCUAGAAGAGACAAAGGCGGAAUGCUCGCGAUAUAACACGGAUGUUACGAUUACAACGGUUGAUGUUAGCGAUACAAAGCAAGUGGAUUCCUGGCUGGAUAGAGUCAUUACCCACUUUGGCAAGCUUGAUGGUGCUGCAAAUGUUGCUGGAAUCGCUGGUGGGGAUGGUCAGAUAACUGAGGCCAUCGACCAAGCGGCGUGGGAGAAGAUGAUUGCAGUCAAUCUAACAGGAGUCAUGAACUGUAUGAGAGCCGAGCUCCAGAGAAUCAACAAACCUGGUGGCUCAAUAGUCAACGUCUCUAGCACGUCAGGCCUUCGAGGCCUGGCGAACAACGCUGCAUACGCCUCGAGCAAGUUUGGCGUCAUUGGUCUCACAGAGUCAACGGCAGCUGAGUAUGGGAAGAAGGGGGUCAGGGUGAACGCAGUUUUACCGUGA